AUUUUACCUACAUUUACUAGAGUUGAAUUAUAAUUUACAAUACAACCUAAGUGCCAUAUUAUAUGAAAUGAGUCUAUUAAAGUAGGUUAGGUUAGUAACUCCAUUAAAAACUAAAUAUUCCAGUACAAUUAUCGAAGUACCCAUUAAUUAAGUGCAAUUUCGUGUAUUUCUGUGAUAAUAUUAAUGAACGCUUUUAUAUUUUGAUAAAAUUUAUUACUACGGUCGAGAAUAGAAAGAAAAUUAAGGAUAUUGAGAUAUAAUCAAUUGUGAACAAGGUCGUGUUGAACGAUGAUAGAGACGCCCUUAUUUGUCGCUAUGGAGACCCCGAAAACCAAAAAUCCCCGAGUCGAGUAAAGUUCUAUUGCCGUAGUUUCACGCUACAGAUCAACGAAUUACAAUCAUCAAAUUAAACGCAUAAAAGUCUAAUACGACUCUAUUAAUACAUAGACCAACGCCGAAUAAUUAGAUUAAGUUUUCAGAAUAUUAAAAUAUUCAAAAUCUUAGAAAAAUGAGUGAGGUCAUCAAAUGCAUCCACAAUAUUGUCCCAACUACUGCUGAAGAUAAACAAGUUGUCAUUGAAUUUUUAAGAAAAUUUUUCUUCAGAGAUGAACCUCUUAUUUUGGGUAUAAAUAUGCUGGAAGAUGUUGAUUCUUUAGCAAAACUCGAAAACUACUGUUUUAAUUUUGUGGACAAUGGUUUGGCGUUUAAAGCUGUAUCUCCUGAUGGAGAUUUAAUAGGCGUCGUUCUAAAUAAUCUGACGUGCAGAGUAGACGGUGAAAAAAAUAACAAAAUCGAAGAAGACACAAAAGGUUACACCAAGUUUAAUGAUAUUACGGCAUUUUUGGAUAAAGUCGAGCGAGAAGCAGAUGUGUUUAAAAAAUAUCCAAACGUAGAUCGUGUAAUGGACAUAAAAAUAAUUUCUGUAGAUGAAUCAUUUAGAGGCCAAGGAGUAUGCAAAGCUCUAAUUGAUAAAACAAUAGAGUUAGCGUUGGAAAAUGAAUGUCCAAUGGUUUAUGUCGAGUGCAGCAGUUAUUUUUCGGCUAAAGCAGCAGAGAGGCUUGGUUUCGAGUGCAUAUAUACCUUGUAUUUUCGAGACUAUUUGGAUGAAAAUGGUGAAGUCAUUUUUAAAACUCCUCCUCCUCACGAUUCUUCAAAGGUGUUCGUAUUACAUUUGUAAGAAUAAUAUCACAGCAAAUUCACACAUAGAUAAACAUAUUCAGUUGUAUCCCAAUAAUUAAUAAAUGGUAUAAAAUACCUAGUUGAAGCUUUUCAUGUAUACUUUCUGGCAUUUGAAAAAAAAUUAUGUAACAUAUAAUAUAUGGUAUAUUGCUGUAUACUUAAAUCCAAAAUAUUUAUCUAUUUAUGAGACUAUUAUUAUAACCAUUAUUGUAUUGUUUAUAUACAAUAACCUAUAUUCUUUGUUUAAUUAUAAUAUAUUAUGUGUACUAAAUAGAAUGCUUAACUUUUGUCCUUUAUAGUAUAAUAUAUGAGCUCUUAUUAUAUAGUACAUAUAAUAAAUAUAGAUACCUAAGUCUAUACAAUAUAAUAUUAUAUACCUUUUCAUAUCUUAAUAUGUUUAAAAUACUUAUGUUUAGUCCUUCCUGAAUCGACUAAAUUCUAAUACCUUUGAAUAAUUUCAAAUACAAUAGCUACAUGCAUUAUAUAUAAUAAAACAUAAAUAAAUGAAAAUCAUAUUACUGCUUAUAUAAAAAUGUGUAUACCUGUACUGUAUAAUCAAAAUAUUACCUUAAUACAAUAUAAAAAAUAAAAACUGCGUUGUAUGAACUAUUUCAUUUUUUAACG